AUGAGCCAUCCCCACGAACAACAGACGAAAGAACCGCCUUUGCCUUCGUCCUAUGCGCAUACGAUCCUUAAUCCAUCCCCAGGUUUCGACGACCAGGUGUUCCGACGCUUCCACCAUCACACCUUGAGCGAUCUUACCACGGGCUCUUCUGAAUCUUCUCCUACUACCACCAUUUCGACAGUGGACGACUCAAGCGCGACAGAGCCAUCUCCCGGCUCUUCACCUGAGUCUCCACCGCCCACCACGUUCACAGCUGGAAUGCUACGACCACGAACCUCUGAUGAUAGCCGGCCAUACUUCGAACUCCAGAAGCAGCAACCUCCGAAGAAGGGCCGCAACUUGAAGAAUCUGGCUGUGAACACUUCGCGGAACACUGGACGAGCCACGUCUUCCACACCAAGCCUACCACUCGCAGCCACAGAUGGCAUUGCUCCUGUUGCAUCGCCUACCUUUGUCAAGCCGCCCACGCCUCAGAAGCGGAAGCCGAGCAACUUAGGCCUCACUUUGUUGACGCCUGGAACCAGCAAAGCACCUCCCCAAGAGAUCAAGCUCGCCAUUCCACCCACACCGGCUGUUGGACGACCACAAACUCUGCGACAUUUUCAGUCGUCACCCUCUCUUCCGCUUGUACCCCAGAUCAGCAUACCACCGCAGCAGUCGCCGGCUGGUGACGACGAGCAGAAUUUCGAUGUUCCUCUGUCGAAGGAGGAGAAGCCGGAAGCAUAUCCAGAAGGUCCCAUCUGCGUCUAUGAGCCUUACAUCGAUCUCUACCUCGAGCCAACAGCUGAGCAGUGCAGGCGGUACGAUGUGGUGAUGAAUGUCGCGAGUGAGGUGCGAAAUCCUCUGGUCGAGCAGCCGGUUGCAAAAGCAGAAGAACCGGAGAUCCGUAUAGACGGUGGGGGUGGCAUACAGUUUGCACCCAGGCGCGACCGGCUCAAUGGACAGCAAGAGGAGGCCAGUCCGAGGGCCACGGACAACUCACCAACGACACCCAAAGCCACGGCUCCCGACGACGCUGCUAGACCGAAUACAAUAUCGACUGCAUCGGACGCAAGAGAACCAGAUUACAUGCACAUCAAAUGGGAGCACAACAGCGACAUCGUGCCUGACCUCCUGCGGCUGGUCAAACUUCUUGACGAGAUGGUUCUUGCGCAGAAGAGGGUGCUCGUGCACUGCCAAUGCGGUGUCAGUCGGUCUGCCAGCCUUGUUGUGGCGUACGGCCUGUACAAGAACCCUUCACUCAGCGUGCAGGAGGCAUACGACAUUGUCAAAAGGCGCAGCAAGUGGAUUGGCCCGAACAUGAACCUUAUCAUGCAGCUCCAGGAGUUCCGAACAAGCCUCCAGCGCGGUGGGCUGCUCUCCGCAGACCGUGGCCUCUCGCCCAUAACCCCGAGCUCGGCCAUCAGUGAGUGGGGCGGUCCGUUCUCGAUGAGAAGCCCAAAUGGCGAUGCAUCCAUGUCGGCUGGUGUUGGACCUCUGUCCCCUUCGCAGACAGCAGAAUCGCUUCCGAUAUCUUGCCCUGGUCCGUCUUCAGCUCCGUCAGCUUUCGCCUGGCCAUUGAACAACUCUGCGCCGCCACCUCCAGGUCAGAGGGCUCGAGCAAUUAGUGCUGUGAAGCCGGGAUCUGCCUACGUGAACACCUCUGGCCGCGUGGUCCCCGUGGUACCUCUGCUGAAGGUCGUGGAGCCGGAAGUUCCAAACCAGAACGACUCUGCGCCAACAGAAACCCCCGAUCUUGGUCACGACUCGGACUCCACGACACCGACCGAACAUACUACUUCUCCGCGCACAGAAGAGUUCGCCAUGACUCCUUUGCAGCCUUCACCAGAUGUUGAUCCAGCAGAUAGCUUCGGACUGAUGUCACCCUCCUCAACCGAAUUUGCCUCGUCACCAUUCGACCGGUCGGCAUUGUUAGCACAGCUGGGCAUGGGGUCGAUGAACCCGGCAGACUCACCGCGACGAGCAGCGUCAAUGAAAACCAGGCCUCGACCAGCGGAGCAGGCCAACAAGUCGCAUCUCACGCAGCCAAAUCGGCCACCAAGGCUACGCGGCAAGAUCUCGUCUCCCAGCAUUCGCGAGCAACAACAGCUUCAAAGCUGGCGAGCCGAAUUGGAGGCCUCGCUGCCGCACAGGACGGCUCAGCCUCCCUCGGUCGAAUGUAUUGACGAGGCGUUGAUGUCCCCACGAGCGACGGAAUUCACACAGAACCCGUUCGCUAUUUCCCUCGCCGUACCUCCAGCGCCGACUCCCGAAGAGAGACCUGGAGCCACCGACGCCGACCCCAGGAGUCCGGCUCAAAAGGGCGUUAGCCCCAUCACGAGGAGCAUCUUAGAUGUGUUAUGA